UGCCGGUGCCGCCGGGCCGUAAAGCGCGGCCGCCGCCCGCCCGUCCCCGCCCCGGCGGUCGCUGGCCAUGUUCGCGGCGGCGGAGGAGGACGACGCCGAUUUCCUGUCCCCGGCCAGCGGAGCCAGAUUAGCCUCUCUCUUUGGCCUGGAUCAAACAGUCUCAAGCCAGGGAAAUGAAUUCUUCCAGUUCACUGCACCAAAGCAGCCCAGGAAGGGUCAGACAGCAGCUGGCCAGCCCCAGAAGGCGCCGGUGGCCCCGGCAGCCUCAGGAGCCCCCUCGGUGCUGGUGGCCACCGCGGUGCUCGCGUAUCGAUAUACAAAUGGGCAGUACUUGAAGCAAGGCAAGUAUGGAGCAGCUGUAGUGGGGAACCAUGCCACCAAAGAGUACAGGAUCCUCCUUUACAUCAGCCAGCAGCAACAGAUCACCUCUGCAAGGAUCCACCCAGGCUUUGUGCUCACGGUUCAGCCCAACAAUUACAGCACGUUCUAUGAUGAUCAGAGGCAAAACUGGUCCAUCAUGUUUGAGUCAGAAAAGGCAGCAGUGGAUUUCAGUAAGCAGGUGUGCAUUGCCAAAUGCAACAGCUCUCCAGCACUGGACUCAGUCCUCUGCCAGGAUCUCCUCCUGGGAGAAGGGCAGGGGGUGGAAGGAGGAGACUCCCUGGAGGUUGCCUAUACGGGAUGGCUGUUCCAGAACAACGGGCUUGGACAGGUGUUUGACUCUAAUGUUAACAAAGACAAGCUGCUGCGGCUGAAGCUGGGGUCUGGAAAGGUCAUCAAGGGCUGGGAAGAAGGAAUGCUGGGCAUGAAGAAAGGAGGGCGAAGGUUCCUCAUCAUUCCUCCAGCCUGGGCCUACGGGGCUCAGGGCGUGGCUGCUCGUGUCCCUCCAGACUCCACGCUGGUGUUUGAGGUGGAAGUCAGGCGGGUGAAGCUGGCAAAGGAGUGCUCUGGUUCAGAUGGGCUGAGUGUCAGUUCAAGGGAUUCCCCUGCACCUUCUCCAGUUCCCAGCUCAGAUGGCUUCUCCUCAGACUCGGGUUUAAUGCCUCCCUCCACCAUCCCUCCAAAGCCUGGGGAGCCAGCUGUUCGGGCCAAGUCCAACUCCAUCAGUGAGCAGCUUGCAAACCCAGAUGUAGCAAAGGCAAAGCUGAUUUCUCGGAUGGCCAAAAUGGGACAGCCCAUGCUGCCUUUCCUUGCUGGGACAGCAGGGAGCCAGCUGGACUCCAGUGACUCAGAAAUAGAGGAUCCCAAUACUCUGAGAGGGACAACACAGCCAGUGGCUUCGACCAGACCCUCCCAGCCAGCUCAGGCAGUGCUGCCCACAGUGUCCACACAAGUACCUCAAGCAUCUGGUGCUGCACCUGCAGUAUCUUCUGCUGCUUUAAUUCCUGCAACGAUCCAGCCCCAUUCAGCUCUGCCUGGAGGAGCACAGGGCUUUCAGGCAUAUCCAGGAGUGGCAUUUGCUUACCCCCAAACUGCUGCAUCUGCCUCUCAACUCCAGCCUGUGGGUCAGAUGUAUCCUGCUCCUUACCAAGCCCCUGGAGAUGUCACUUCCUUUUUGAUGACAGAAGCUCGGCAGCACAACACUGAAAUCCGACUGGCUGUGAGCAAAGUCGUGGAUAAAAUGGAUCACCUGGCUGCCAAGGUGGAGGAGCUGAAGAAGCAAAGCACUGCUAACAGCUCCCUGCUGCCUGGCAUCUCCUCUGUCACUAUGGAAGCCUCCAUGAUCAUGAGCAACAUCCAGCGCAUCAUCCAGGAGAAUGAGAGACUGAAGCAGGAGAUAUUUGAGAAGAGCAGUCGGAUUGAGGAGCAGAAUGAGAAGAUCAGUGAGUUGAUUGAACGCAACCAGAGGUAUGUGGAGCAGAGUAACCUGCUGAUGGAGCAGAGGAACCACUCCCUGCAGACCACAAAUGAGAACACACAGGCAAGAGUGUUGCAUGCAGAGCAGGAGAAGGCCAAAGUUGCAGAGGAGCUGGCAGCUGCCACUGCCCAGGUUUCCCAGCUGCAGCUGGAGCUCACUGCCCACCAGAAGAAGGAGAUGGACCUGAGGAGGCAGCUCUCCUGUGCUGUGCAGGAUGCAGAGAGACAGGAGGCACAGCUCAACAAGCUGCAGGCACAAGUGGCAGAGCUCCAAGAAGCCUCUCAGGACACUCAGAGCAGGUUCAAGGCUGAGAAGCAGAGCCGCAAACAGCUGGAUAUGAAGAUUGCAGCACUGGAGGAAGAGCUGACAGACCUGAGAGUGGAAAAGGAGACUCUGGAAAGGAAUCUUGCAGAGAGGAAGAAGAAAUCCCUCUCAGAGAGAGCUCAGGCAGAGGAAGAGAUGGAGGAAAUUCGCAGGUCGUACCAGCAGGAGCUGGACAAGCUCCGGCAGCUCCUGAAAAAGGCCCGGACCUCGACUGACCAGGCAGCAGCAGAGCAGCUGUCAGUGAUCCAGGCAGAGCUGGAGUCCCAGUGUGAAGCCAAGUGUGAGCGUGCCCUGGCCUCAGCCAAGGAGCAGCAUGCCCGGCAGUGCCAGGAGCUGUGUGAGCAGAGGGACUCCCUGCAGCACCAGGUGGCCCAGCUGGAAGAGAAGCUCACGGCUCUCAAACAUUCAAAAAAAGUAGAGGAGCAAAAAUUGUCUGAGGCUCAGCAGCGUUUGGAGGAGCUGGAGCCUAUCCAAGAGAAGUACUCAGCCCUGCAGGCAGACGUGGAGGUGCUGAGGGCUCGCUACGAGGAACGGAUCCGAGACCUGCAGAAGGAUCAGGAUGGAUCUUCCCCUGCAGACUACACUGAGCAAGUAAAGAAGAUCAUGAAUGGUGUAUUUCAGUCUCUUCGGGGUGAAUUUGAGCUGGAUGAGAUGUACAGUGGCAGGACAGUGCUGGGGCUUGUCAUGAACACUAUCAAGACUGUGACACUGCAGCUGCUCAACAGGCAGCAGGAGAAACCAGAGCAUGGCAGUGAAAACCAGGAAUCUGGCACAGGAGCAGGGAGACAGGAGGGAUCACCUGGAGCAAAGACUGAGCACAGAGAGCCCCUGCAGCACAGCCCAGCACAGAGCACUGUACCCCCAGCUGAUCCUGGGGAAGAAACAAGAGGCUCCCUGCAGCCCGAGCAGCAAGGCCAGGCUGCUCCUCACCCUGCUGGGCCCAGAGCUCCUGAGGAGGAGCAGGAGACACAGAGCACUGGGGUGGCAGAAGAAGAGAAGGUUCAGGAGGAACAUCUCCCUCCUGCAGCUGAUUCCAGCCUGGAUGCUGAGAAGGGGCCUGUGCUUGCAAGACAGCCUGUUCCUGGGCUGGAGCAGAGGCUGGAGAGUGUUCCCAUUGGGAAGGCUGACGCAGAACAGGAUCCCUCUGCAGUGUCUUUGCAGGCAGCAGCUGCAGAGCCUUCUGUUCCAGGAGCCAAGCCAGCAGAGGUGGAUGAGGCAGUGCUUCUGGCACACCCGGCUGUGGAGCAGAAGGCAGAGGAGGCUGGGGGAGGUUUAGAGCCUCCUCCCUUAAAUGGGGAGGAGGGGAGUGGCACAGAGCCAUGGGAUGGAGCUGGCUCUGAGCAAGAACGUGUCUCAGUGUCCAGCAGAGCAGAGCCAGGCUCAGCUGUCCUGGGAGAAGCUUCAGGAUCACAGGAGCUGGACUCCAGCCCCAGGCACACAGAUUCCAGCCUCUUUGAGGAUGACAACUUCUUUGAAACAGCGUCUCCUAAACCACUGAAGCCUCAAGUUCCCUCUGAAGAAGAGGAUGAGGAGGAAGUGAGCAUGAAGGGGCGUCCCCCUCCCGCGCCGCUCUUUGGUGACGAUGAUGACGAUGACCUGGACUGGCUGGGAUGAAGAUGUGGCUGCUGGGCCCUCUCCUUUCUCCUCUGGGCAUGGCCUCUUCCCGUGCUCUGAGCCCUUGGCAAGCUGCCCACGUGGGACAUUGGGAAUGAUCAGGGACUUCCCAGCUCCUGUCCUGCAGAUGGAUGGCAGCAGGGGGCUCUUACUGCACUUGUGGGUGCUCAGCCCUGUCACUCUCAACUGCCAAACACGGGUUGGGCUGAGUGCAGGAGCCACCCACUGUCCCCCUCACCUGAGCCCUGGAUUCAUAAAUCUCAAACUUUUUGCAAAUAGGAUCUUGGUGAAGAGCUUCAGCAGAGCAAGUCUGGCAGGACCCUGCAGUGGCAACACCCUGUUAAAAAAAAUCAGACUAAAAUCUCCUUCCCCAGUGAUGAACUUCUUGGAAUAUUUCUCUUAGUCCCCAGGUGGCUCCCAGGGACCCUGCACCCUCUCCCCACUUUGUCUGAGCCAUGUGCC